CGGGGAGCGAGCUUACCUCUCCGCUGAGAGGGGCGACACACCGGGGCGCCCGCCGAGGAGCCCCCCCGCUGCCCUCCUCCACGGGGGACGCGGCCCCCUCGCCCGGGGCUUGCGCCCCGUGCCUGUGGGUGAGGAUGGCCUGGGCUCUGAAGCUGCCGCUGGCGGACGAGGUGAUCGAGUCUGGGCUGGUGCAGGACUUCGACGCCAGCCUGUCGGGCAUCGGCCAGGAGCUGGGCGCUGGGGCCUACAGCAUGAGCGACGUCCUUGCCCUGCCCAUCUUCAAGCAGGAAGAAUCAAGUUUGCCUCCUGAAAACGAGAACAAAAUUCUGCCCUUCCAGUACGUGCUGUGUGCCGCCAUCCCCGCCGUCAAGCUCCACGACGAAACACUCACCUAUCUCAACCAAGGGCAGUCCUAUGAAAUCCGGAUGCUGGACAACAGGAAAAUCGGGGAGCUGCCCGAGAUAAAUGGGAAACUGGUAAAGAGCAUUUUCCGGGUGGUGUUUCACGACCGGCGGCUGCAGUACACGGAGCAUCAGCAGCUGGAGGGCUGGCGGUGGAACAGGCCUGGGGACAGGAUACUGGACAUAGAUAUCCCAAUGUCCGUGGGCAUCAUUGACCCUAGAGCAAACCCAACCCAGCUCAAUACAGUGGAGUUUCUGUGGGAUCCUUCAAAGAGGACUUCUGUGUUUAUCCAGGUUCACUGUAUCAGCACGGAGUUCACCAUGCGGAAGCAUGGAGGAGAGAAGGGGGUACCCUUUCGGGUCCAGAUAGACACGUUCAAGGAGAACGAGAACGGGGAGUACACGGAGCACCUGCACUCUGCCAGCUGCCAGAUCAAAGUCUUCAAGCCCAAAGGAGCUGAUCGGAAGCAGAAGACGGACAGGGAAAAGAUGGAGAAGCGAACACCUCACGAGAAAGAGAAAUACCAGCCUUCCUACGAAACUACGAUACUCACAGAGUGUUCUCCCUGGCCAGAGAUAACGUACGUCAAUAACGCGCCAUCCCCUGGCUUCAACAGUUCCCACAGCAGUUUUUCCAUUGGCGAAGGCAAUGGCUCUCCAAACCAUCAGCCCGAGCCACCCCCUCCGAUCGCAGAUAACCUCUUGCCCACCAGCACACCCCAGGAGGCCCAGCAGUGGCUGCACCGAAACCGCUUCUCCACUUUUUCUCGGCUUUUCAGAAACUUCUCAGGCGCAGACUUACUGAAGCUGACCAGAGAAGAUGUUAUCCAGAUCUGCGGCCCUGCGGAUGGCAUCAGGCUCUUCAACGCGUUAAAAGGACGGAUGGUGCGGCCCAGACUGACCAUCUACGUGUGUCAGGAGUCCCAGCAGCUGAGGGACCUCCAGCAGAAACACGAGGAUGGCGACACAGUAACCAGUACUUUUUUUGUGUACCACGCUAUUUAUCUGGAGGAACUGACGGCAGUGGAACUGACGGAAAAGCUGGCCCAGCUCUUCAGCAUCUCUUCCCAACAGAUCAGCCAGAUAUACAAGCAAGGUCCGACGGGGAUACACGUGCUGAUCAGUGACGAGAUGAUACAGAACUUCCAAGACGAAUCCUGUUUCGUUCUGGACACCAUGAAAGCUGAAACCAAUGAUAGCUACCACAUCAUCUUAAAAUAGGAGGGGCCGGGAUGAGGAGCACCCGCCGACCUCUCGUCGCGCAUGAAGACCCUUCACUUCCAGCACAAGGACACGAGCAGAGAUCUGGAAACUCCUGGGCACCCUCUGGAAAGACGCCGAGCCGUUGGUUACUCGGCUGUCUCUCUUGCAGGGAACCUCCUUGCUCCGACGGCAUCUCAACGGCCGUUGAUGGUAACGUGCCGCUUAAUUGCUGGAGCUCCCGGGCUUGAAGUUACCAGGUCGCGCUCUCGUGUAGCUCUUGGUAGAAAUUUCCCAUUGGGACCUCAGACCUGCGCGAGGGCUUUUUCCUCUGGCAGGCGCGCUCUGCUUGUCUGAGAGGCAUCACUCCCGUGACGCUCGCAGACUGGCAAGAGAACGUGAAUUAAACUGGCCCAACAAAGCCAACUGGCCCUCGGGCACGUGCUGAGCUGAGCAGGUCUCAAAAACGCUGUGUACUGUGCUGAUGGAGUGGAAGGCUAGGGCUGCGAGGGAGUUUCUUACACGAUUUUGUUAAGCUUUCGUUUAAUAUUACAAUGCAUCUGUUAUCUGUUAGAUAAAGGUGGUGACUUCGUUUUUCUCCUCUCCCCCCACCCCAAAAACGGUGUUGGCUGGCUGUGCGCGCGGCUGCCGUCGUGGUGCCGUCCUUCCCUUGCGAGCGUGAGGUCGUCAGGAGCUUUCUAUACAGGUUUAGUUGUAUAAAGCUGGAGCGAAAC